AUGAUAAACUAUGAUGCAUUUAAGAAAACCAGCAUUAUUUUAUUCAGCAUUUUAUAAUUUUAAUUUGAUAUCAUGGGAUUAUGCAUUUCUACCAAAGAAGGCGAACAAUAAAUGAAUGACGAAUUUAUGAAAGCACCGACAGCUACCUUUGAACAAAUAGAGGAGACUGGUGAGUAGGUGUUUGUUGAUGAUAACCGUGAGGCCAUAGUUAAAUUGACUGAUUUUUAAUUCGAAAAAGUCUUAGGAAGGGGAUCAUUUGGAAAGGUGAUGUUGGUAACCCAUAAGGAAACGAAUAAACUAUAUGCUAUGAAAAUCUUAAGAAAGGAGAUGAUUGAAAAGAGAAAUUAGAGAUUGCAUACGUAGAAUGAGAGAGCAAUUCUUGAAAAUGUUAAGAACCCUUUUAUCGUAUAAUUACAUUAUGCAUUCUAAACAAGAACUAAGUUAUAUCUAAUUAUGGAUUUUCUGAUUGGAGGAGAAUUGUUUUUUCACUUAAGAAGAGCUUUUCGUUUUUAGGAAGAAAGAGCAAAAUUCUAUUCAGCAGAACUAAUUCUAGCAAUAGAAUAUUUACAUCAACGUGAUAUCAUAUACAGAGAUCUAAAACCUGAGAAUAUUUUAUUAGAUAUGGAAGGACAUUUGAAAAUUACAGAUUUCGGACUAUCUAAAAUCAACUUAAAGGAUGAUGAAAAAACAAACACUUUUUGUGGAACUCCUGAGUAUUUGGCACCUGAAAUUUUAUUAGGUGGAGGACAUAACAAAUGUGUAGAUUGGUGGAGUUUGGGUGCCCUACUUUAUGAAAUGCUUGCAGGUGCUCCACCUUUUUAUUCAAAAGAUAAAACAUAAAUGUUCAAAAAUAGACUUGAGAAACCAAUAGAAAUGAAGGAUUGGUUUUCAUCUGCUGCUAGAUCAAUAUUGAAUGGACUUUUAUAGAAUGAUCCUACCAAAAGAUUGGGAGUCAACGGAAGUUAGGAGAUCAGAGAUCAUGAAUUCUUUAGAGAGAUUGAUUGGGAUAGAUUAUACAAUAAAUAAAUUCAACCACCAUUUAAACCCAAAGUUUUCGGGCAUAAAGAUUUGAGACAUUUUGAUGAUAUGUUUACAAAAGAACCUCCUUAAGAUACACCAAUAAAUAAAUUACAGAAAUUUGAAACUUACGAAUAAUUUACUUUUAUCAAGACAAACGAACUUAAGGAUUCUAAUUAAGAAGAGGAGAAAUUCAUUGAAGUGAAUAAAAACUUUAUAUUAUAAAAAAUUUGA